CUUUAGUAUUUCUUCAUAUUUUUAUCACAUGAAGAAUUCUUCAAGCAAAACUUCACAAAAUUCUGACAUAAAAUGACGUCUUAUGAGGAGGACGAGAAUUUCGGUAGCUACAGUGUCGUAGGUUCUUUUCCAAAAGAUUUUGGAUACGGGCCAGAUGAGACAGAUGAAAUCCCAGUCAAUGAAAAUAAACCAAGGAUCCUAUUGAUGGGUCUAAGAAGGAGUGGAAAAUCAUCAAUUCAGAAGGUUGUCUUCCAUAAGAUGUCACCAAACGAGACAUUGUUCUUGGAAAGCACAAGCAAAGUCAUUAAAGAUGAUAUUUCAAACAGCUCAUUUGUUCAGUUCCAGAUCUGGGAUUUCCCAGGACAGAUUGACUUCUUUGAUCCAGCCUUUGAUUCUGAGGUUAUUUUUGGAAACUGUGGAGCUUUAGUAUUUGUCAUUGAUGCUCAGGAUGAUUACAUGGAAGCACUAGCCAAACUACACAUGACAGUAACAAGGGCAUACAAGGUCAAUCCAACUAUCAAGUUUGAAGUGUUCAUCCAUAAAGUAGAUGGUUUAUCAGAUGACCAUAAGAUAGAAACACAAAGAGACAUACAUCAGAGAGCUACAGAUGAACUAACAGAUGCUGGUCUUGAAGGGCUGCAUUUAAGUUUCUACUUAACAAGUAUUUAUGAUCACUCGAUUUUUGAGGCAUUUAGCAAAGUCGUACAGAAGCUUGUACCACAACUGCCAACCUUGGAAAAUCUUCUUAACAUUCUUAUAAUGAACUCAGGGAUAGAAAAAGCUUUUCUAUUUGAUGUAGUCAGCAAAAUCUAUGUAGCUACUGAUAGUUCUCCUGUAGAUAUGCAGUCAUAUGAGUUAUGCUGUGAUAUGAUAGAUGUGGUCAUUGAUAUCUCGUUUCUUGCUCUAGUGUGCAUACUUCGAGAAGAUAAUUUCGCCAAAAAAGGUCUAAUUGACUAUAACUUCCAUUGCUUUCGCCAAGCUAUCUCAGAGGUAUUUGAAGUACGUAAACAAUUGAGAACCACUUCCGAGAGUACCUAUUCCCACGCCACCUCACAAUCAAACGGCAACGUCCCUGCGGGGAUUGGGCACGGUAGAGGAGACACCGCUGUCGUAGUGUAACUGCAGGCGCUAAAUGGUAGUCAAUUUUUCAAAGUUAUUAUUUUAUAAAUCUUCUGCAUGGAAUUUAAGAGACUGGGUUUACAAUAUUACUGAACCACACAAUUACAAAGGAACAGUGUAUACUUAGAUAUGGCCAAGUGAAGUGGGGACAGUUGUCCGGGGAUGUCUCGUGACGAUGGAGAUUUUAAUGGUCCAGGAGGGUCGAUGGUAUUUUCAUAUAAAUCAUUUUUAUCUUCAACUCAUUCUAUCAAAUGAAUAGUUCUGAAAACGCGAUCUCAGCUACCAUCCUUUACCUGCUCGUCAUCUGGGUUCGUAUUCCCACCAAUCAUGACCAGACUUAAUGUUGAACAUAAUAUGGCAUGCCAAACUCACAACACACACUAAUCAACACGACUUGAUAAUCAUUUAAAAUUUCGAACAAGAAAGUCUAAACACAUCGAUGAGCCUCCCAACCUUGAAUGAGUAUUUAAAACGAAAAAACAUGGUUACAUUAUAGGCAUGCUAGCAUGAACACAACAUGUAUAUAUAUCUCUCUCUCGAUUUGCGUAAAAAACAGUGAUCAUCGAUUGGCUAUCUAACCUGGUGCACAUAUCCCUAGUGGUACUAACCUAACCUACCUGCCUUCUACCUUUUCUCCUUUUACAUCUAACUACUAACCCCUAUGAUCAAGACUUGCCUAACUAUUUGUUUCCCUAAUUCCUUACGGCCGACAAACUUACUCCUCCAUUCAUUCCAAUCUCCGUUUAUCAUCCCCUCUUCCCCAUCUAACUAUAUUUCCACCUAACCUACCUAUCUACCACCUACUCGCCUACCUACCCACCCAUCUACCUAAACCGUUGUCUUUCAAACGCAUUUAGUAGAAGAGCAACUAUAAGCAGUGAAGGAUAUUCGUUUGUUGUGAGAAAGAGAGGGGCAGUCGAAGGCUGACACUGCUAGUUUAUCUUUUCAUAUAUGUGUUCGCAAUCAUAAUUGUCUUCACGUAUUCAUAAUAGCACACGUAGGAGAAUUUAGUUUAUUAGAAAUGUAUAAACCUAGAGUCUUUUAAUUUUGGAUACGUCUAGGCUUUGCUUUAGUUCUGAUUAGAGCUACUCGCAAGAGAAAUAAAUCGCUAAAAACUUGUAAUUAGAUAAUUAAUUAAUUAAUACAUAAUGUUUUGAUAUUUGAUAGUAUCAUGACAAAUUUCCUGAGGAAAAAAAACAAGUUUGUAAAACUUCA